AUGGGUGCCCUUGGCGCAUUUCCGAGCCUCACAGAACAGGAAUUCUUCGAGGCGUGCCAGUCUCUCGAAUGCAGGAGUUCGGAUAAGAUAAACGACACGGAUUGGUUGAGCGUAAGAUGGACAGGAAAAGAACUCCUGAUCAAGCAGAAGCGGAAACUUUCAGAUCAGAAUCACCAAAAUCCCAAGGACGAUGACGAGGCAAAUCGUGACGACACGAUUGAGGAGGGGAUGGAAGACACAAUCUAUCAUAAUACCCUUGUCCCCAGAGGCAACGGCUCGGAUUUCCUGAUCGUCGAUUUUUCCAUCACCAUCUCACCAACUUAUCAAGUACCUGUGCUGUGGUUCUCUUGCCACUUUGGACUGGACCAAAAGCCGUUGAGCCUCGACCAAGUGUAUCGCUGGAUGGUCCCUCAGACAUUACACGAUUCAUUGCGUCGCGUCAGCGUCAUGGGGGGAAUCAGCAUGGCGCAUCAUCCAGUCUCGGAUCUACCAGCCUUCUUCCUCCAUCCAUGCAACACACCCGAAGCUCUUUCAGUACUCAGGCCGGACGAGCCUUUGACUCCAGAAGGAUAUCUGAUUCUCUGGCUCGGUCUGGUCGGCUCUGUGGUGGGCCUGCAUGUUCCUAGUAAGCUUUUUGACCACGGAGUAGGAUAG